AUGUCCAAGUCCAUCGUCAACACCAACCCCUACCCCUUCGCCUUCGAGGCAAGCAAAUACCCCGCCCUCCAGCCCAGCAAUGCAGGCAAGGGCGGUGUCAAGGUCGAAUUCGACAAUUGCCGUGGAUCGACCCCUUCCAUCCAGGCCUCCCGCCUCCGCGCCAUGAUGCGCGAAGCCCAUGAGGACCCUGCCAAGAUUGUCGCCCAUGUCUGCAGCUACGACGCUCUGAGCUCGCGGCUCUGCGAGGAAGCGGGCUUUCCCGUGCUUUUCCUCGCGGGUUAUGCCAUGGCGUCGGCGUUUAGUCUGCCGGAUACUGGCUACAUUGCCUACGGCGAGGUCGUCGACAAGAUCCAGGAGGUGGCGAGGGCGACUACUAUUCCCAUCAUCGCCGAUGGCGAUACUGGAUACGGUGGGCCGAUGAAUGUGCGCCGGACAGUCCAAGGAUUUGCAUUGGCUGGAGCUGCCGGCAUCAUGAUUGAAGACCAAACCUGGCCAAAGCGCUGCGGCCAUACCACCGGCAAGAGCGUCGUAUCCAGGAGCGAAGCCUACGCCCGCUGGCAAGCCGCCGUCGACGCCCGCAACGAAGGCCAAGACAUCUGGAUCCUCGCUCGCACUGACAGCCUCAUCCACGGCUACGACGAGGCUCUCACCCGCGCCCGCAAGGCCGUUGAAAUUGGCGUCGACGCCAUCUUUGUCGAGGCCCUGCCUGACCGCGAGACUAUGGCCCGCUUGCGCAAGGAUCUCGACUUCCCCGUCUUUGCCAACAUCAUUGAAGGCGGCAAGACGCAGAAUCUGUCAGCCAAGGAGCUGGGCGAGCUGGGGUACUGUGGUGUUGCGUAUCCGUGGUCGCUGGUGGCGGCUAAACUAAAGAGUAUUCGGGAGACGUUGGAGGGGAUCAAGGGUUCGUUUCUUACGGGGGCGCCGCCUGUUGUGCUUUCGUAUGCCGAGGUCUGUGAUGGGGUUGGGUUUAACAAGUAUUAUGAGCUGGAGGAGAGGUAUCAGUAUGAAGGCAGGCCUAAUGGUGCCAAUGGCCACCAGUGGAAGGAUUGA